UUUAGCCCAACAUAGAGACAAAAAGGAGAACGCAGUCCACACACACACACCAACCAACCAACUCACACACUGGAGGAGAAAGAAGACAAAUUUUGAAAUUUGAAGUGAAGAAGAAAAAAACAGUUUCAUUUUUCGCCGGCGACGAGUUCUAUUAAUUCCCGAAUCAAAUCAUGCCGUCCGGUGCGAAGAAGAGAAAGGCCUUGAGGAAGAAGCAGCAGCAGCAGCAACAAGGAGCGAUUGGUGGAGCUACUACUAGUACUACUACCAACCAUAAGGGUUUCAAUGGCGAUAAUAAUCUCCAUGGGAAUGAUGAACAUGGAAGCCAAGAUGGGAGGGGAAGUGAUGAUAGCAGUUCGAGUUCUUCCCCUGGUGGUUCUCAAGGAAAUGAAGAAUUUGGGAAAAAAGAUUCACCUGCUGCUGUUCUAUCCUCUUCUGGUAUGGUGAAAGGUGCUGCUAAGGAGAUAUCUGGAGAUGGAGAUGUUACUCAGGGACUUGGACCCAAAAAAAGUGACAAUGCAGUUGCGGUUGAAAGAGGAACUGAUUACCAGAAAAGUGUUGUGGGGAACUCAACCAAUUCCUUUUCUGAAAACCGUACUCACCCAGCCAAACAUGUAGCUUCAGUUACGGAAAUCACUCCCGUUGUUGAGUCUGUCAAACCUGUGGUGGUUGCUCCUCUCUCCAAAGCAGUGACCUCUGAAAAGAGUGAGCAUGUUGAUGAGACCUCAAGCUUGGUUAAAAAGAAGUCUGAGAAAAACGGAGAGUGUCUUCCAUCUCCGGGACUGGAAAACAAUAAUAGUAAGGUGGUGGUUACUCUUCCAAGAUCUGCUGCUGAAACAAGCAAAAAAUUAGAGAGCGUAAAAAAAUCUGAAGUUCCAGUAUCCUCUGAGGAAAAAUGUCUUUUGCUGCCUGGUCCACCAGUUGUCCGAAGGACUUCAUGGCUAAGUUGCUGCGGGUUGUUUGAUGCUAUGACAGGAUCUGAUAGAUAAACACAGAGCAGGGGGAUACGUAAAAAGGUGAAUGCGCUUGACAGCCAAAGCUUGAAAGACAACCUAAAAACAGGAUUUGCGGUCCGUACACUCUUCUCUGUACAUCAUGUCUUUGAUAGAUAAUAAUGUGGGCGGCUUUAGCAACAUACGAGAACAAGACCAGACGUCCUUCAUAGGGUUAAAUUUCGUUUUCUUUCUAUUUGAAAUACAGUCUUCUUUUGUUCAUUAAAUUGAUUUUAGAUUCAUGAGACUAAAAAUAUAGUUCUAUUUAUACUAUCUACUAUCUUCUUUA